ACUAGUGUGCUUUUAAUUAAUUGUCUCUUGAAAGUUCAAAGUUGAAAUUUAAAUUAGGAUAAGGAAAAUGGUGAAGGGCACAGCAAUUCGUGCUCCAAGUCCAACAUUGCUCUUCCCAGCAACGCCCACUCUUCUUCCUCUUUCAUCUCGUCAUCUUCGUCUGCUCAGUCCCUCAUAUUCAGGUAGUGUAAGGCAGGCACUUCAUCGCUUUAAACCAAGUUCUCUCCCUCAUCAGCGUUUCAUAAUAAAUUAUUCUCUGUCGUCGUGUGCGUCUCCAAUUAGAUGCGAAGGCGGCAGCGGCGGCGGCGGCGGCAGCAGCAGCAGUAGUACCGUAUUAGACGUGAAUGAGAUAAGGCAGAGGUGCAAUAAAUGGCGAUGGAAGGGCCACGUCAUCAACUACUUUGUUCAUCCUGCUUCUCCUCCACUUGGUGGAGACGGAGUCCAACCCGAAGAUCAUUCCCUUUUACCUCCUCUUCUUCUCGUUCAUGGCUUUGGAGCUUCUAUCGCCCAUUGGCGCAGACAUAGUCCUUGGUUGAUUUACCUUCGGCUAAAGAUGAAGUGUUGUUGGGUGUACACUUUUAAGUAUAAUGCCGAUGGAUUUGUUGAAAGCCGUGUGGUUGCUAAAGGGAAUAUCAGGGUGCUAUCUCAAAGUUGCACUGUUUAUGCCAUUGAUCUUAUUGGUUUUGGUGAUUCGGAUAAGCCAGCAGGAUUUGCUUAUACAAUGGAAGUAUGGGCUCAGCUCAUCCUGGAUUUCUUGGAUGAAAUCAUCCGGAAUCCUGCUGUGCUGAUGGGAAAUUCUGUUGGAAGCCUUGCUUGUGUCAUAGCUGCCACAGAAUCAAGGCAUGGCCUGGUUCGAGGGCUUGUGCUGUUAAAUUGUGCUGGUGGCAUGAACAAUAAGGCCAUUGUCGAUGAUUGGAGAAUCAAACUGUUGUUGCCUUUGCUUUGGUUGUUUGACUUAUUGCUGAAGCAAAAGGGCAUCGCGUCAACAAUCUUUGAACGUGUCAAGCAGAGAGGGAGUCUGAGGAACAUCUUAUUGUCUGUAUAUGGAAAUAAAGAGUCUGUUGAUGAUGAUCUGGUGGAGAUAAUCAAAAGACCAGCUGAUGAUGAAGGGGCACUUGAUGCAUUCAUUUCCAUUGUGACAGGUCCACCUGGACCAAAUCCAGUGCAGUUAAUGCCAAGAAUCUCUCUCCCUGUUCUGGUUUUAUGGGGUGAUCAAGAUCCAUUUACUCCUCUGGAUGGGCCUGUAGGGAAAUACUUCUCUUCCUUGCCAUCUAGGCUGCCAAAUGUAAGCCUCUGUGUUCUGGAAAGUGUAGGGCACUGUCCCCAUGAUGACAGGCCUGACCUCGUCCAUAAAAAGUUGCUCCCUUGGUUGUCCACUCUUCCAACUUCAUGAGUAAGCUCUGUGCUUUGAAAAUUUGCUAGUCUUGUGCAUUCUAGAGGCAUCAUUCCUAUGGAAAACCAAUUGUAUCAUAGACAUGGUAAUGGUAAUUAGCCUUCCAUUCUUUUCUUCGUUUUAAUGGGCUAAUUAGUUUUGUGAUGUGUUGGUAUA